UACUUUAACUGUGUUACAUGAGAAUCCAUAGGGACUUCAGUAACUUUGUUACUUUGCUUGUCUUUUAUCAUCUGCUCAGGUUGUGUACAACUUGAAAUACUCUCUGUUGUAUGUCAAUGUGCUUUACAUAUUUCUCUUCUCCCUCCACAAAACAUGUUGGAGGUGUGGUGAUUUGUUUGGAAGUGUGUGUACUUAAACUGUCUGGACUUUGCUGUUUGCAUACCUUCAGUUUCACAGUCGAUGGGUCACUCAGUGAGCAGGAGUCACAAGUAGCGGCUGCGGCUUUUUCUUCUCUUUUCCAUUUGGUGGUUAAAUGCUAGAGCAACCGCAAACGUGUGGAAUUGAGGUUUACUCAGUCAUCAUGGAGGAGGACAGGGGAAGCCCUCUUUUCAAGUAUCCAGUAUCUGACUUCCUGUUGACAGUCGGUGGUCUGGUGUUCUUUCUCCUGGACGUGGGACUGGACGCGUGGGCGGUGGUGUCUUUUUAUCAGGAAGAGGACUAUGUGUUCAUGGGACUGCUGGUGUUCCUACUCCUAGGUUCCUCGGCCCUGGUCCAGGCUUUCAGCUGGCUGUGGUACCACUAUGACAAGGACGGGACUGAGACCAGGACUGAGAGCCUUGUGAAGAACCUCUGCUCUCUCAAGAUCCUCCAUUUUUUCCAGAUGGGAGUCUACCUCAGAUAUGCUGGUGUGGUGAGGAUCUCGAUAUGUGGCUUCUGCUGUGGAAAGCGUUACAUGGAUGGCGAUGCUGUGUAUCUGACCCAUGACCUGAGCCUGCUGCGCCUCAUCGAGGCUUUCUCUGAGAGCACCCCACAGCUUGUCCUCAUGAUCACUAUCAUUGUCCAGAGGGGAGAGGUUGAGCCCAUCACAAUCUUGAAGGCACUUGGUUCAGCAUCUGCCAUCGCCGUCAGUGUGACCAUGUAUCACCGUUCCCUGCGCUCCUUCCUCCCUGACAAGGCCAAGCAGGGCUGGUUCUCCUCUGUGGUCUACUUCCUGUGGAACCUGCUCCUUAUUGGUCCACGUGUGGCAGCAGUCGCCCUCUUUGCCUCAGCCUUCCCCUGCUUUAUCACUGCCCACUUCCUGUCUUCCUGGAUGGUUCUCUUUUUCUUUGCCUGGCGACUCAAGACAGACUUCAUGGACAGCGCCGGUGGAGAAUGGCUCUACCGGGCCACUAUAGGACUCAUCUGGUAUUUCAGCUGGUUCAAUGUUAUAAAGGGGGACACCAGGUGCCAGAGCACCCUCUACCACACCUGGAUAGGAGUGGAUAUUGGUAUGCUUUGUGGUGUUUGGGUGUGGCAGAUGAAGAAGAACCCUCCAUAUUUUGAACUGCCACUAGAUCCCUAUGUUAUCCUUGGCAUUAUGAUCUCAUUCUACAUUGUUGGGCUCGGUCUUAAGGUGAUAUACUACAAGUACAGUCACCCAAAGAUCACACAGCUGAGAGAAGACGAGCGUUGCCUCGAACCGGAGCCAAGGUCUGAGCCAGAGGAUCUCACCUCAGAUUCCCAUGACGAAGUGGACUGUAGGCUUAUGAGCCAUAGAAUGGGUCCUACAGAACCAGUCAAAACCUUAUCAGACCCUCCAGACCCGGUCAUCAGAGUCAAUAAGAGGAUGAGGAACUUAGCUGAUAACUUUUACUCCUGAAUGGAUCAUCAGAGACCUCCUACACAUGGAGAAGGCUGUAUGGGCUUGUUUGACAUUGCAGCCAACAUUGCAGUCAGUCUCAAUGAGUCAUUCAGUCACAAUUUACCCACAAUGACUAAAUGGUCUGUCACAUGUGGAGAUGGAAUCCACAUGACAGAUGGCUGUGUGAGUGCUUCCCACACUGGUGAAAAUACCAAGUUCCUUUAAAAAAAAAUAUUUAAUCUUUAUUUUGACAGGGAGUCAUGCUGAGACCAAGGGCUCUUUUACAGAUGAAUCUGGAGGCGAAAGAAACACACACCUGUUUAGGCGAGGUACUGGCUAUGAGUGUUUGUUUGUUGUUGGAACAUCUGUUUAAUGGAAUACUUCAGCUCCCCUAAUCGUGAUAUUUCAACUGAACAUGUAGGUUGCUCACCUGCACAUACCCCGACUCAUUUUAGAAGUAAGAGUUAUUUUGUACCUCCAGCUAAUCGCAAUCACUCUAUUGAGACAUAUUGCAGACUCGUUGAAAAAUAUGUUGGUAAUCUCCUUCAGAACAAAACAGGAGUACACAUCCUUCCAUAAUUUAACAGAGAAUGAAAAACAAGAUUUGCUUGAUUUACAAUCCAAUAUAUCAGUCCUUACCCGUCCUGCUGAUAAGGGUGGGUCAGUUAUACUCAUGGAUAGUACAGUUUAUCUAAAGGAGUGUCAUAGACAACUGCUUGACAACACCUCUUACAAGAAACUCAGAAGUGACCCCACUUCCUCAUUUCAGAACACUAUCUUUACUGUCCUAGAUGGGUAUUUAAAUUCUGGUCAGAUCACCAAAAAAAACACAACUUUUUGGUUAUUCAACACCCUAAAAGUGUCACUUUCUAUACUUUGCUGAAAUUACACAAGAAUGUUACAAAACCUGCAGGGCGCCCUAUUGUAGCGGGCAUUGACGCAGUAACGGCCCCUUUUAUCGACUUUUGUUGACUUUUUAUUAGACCACUCGCAGAACAGCUCCCCUCCUUUGUAAAGGACACCAGCAGUAUCUCUAUUAGUGAAUCUCUUGAUCCUCUCCCUGAAAAUACUUUGUUAGUUACUUUUGAUGUUGAGUCGUUAUACACAAAUAUUCCACACGAGGGCGGUAUUGAAGCCAUGGAACAUUUUCUUCUGCAACGUGACCCUAAUGAAUUAAUUACCUUCCAGUGCCUGCAUUAUAACAUUGGCUGAAAUAGUACUCACACAUAACUAUUUCAUGUUUGUAAAUGAUUUCUUUAUUCAUACGAAGGGUACUGCUAUGGGAUCCCCAUGGCUCCUAACUAUGAUCAUUUGUAUGUGGGUUACAUGGAGAAACAGUCCAUUUUCAAUCCUCUCAACAACAAAAAUUUUGUCUAACAUUAUUUGGAAACGGUACAUUGAUGAUAUUUUUGUUCUAUUGAGGGGUGAAGCAAAACCGCUCCAGGCAUUUCAUGCUUUUCUUAACUCUUGUUCUGAGCACCUGAGAUUUACUAUGAAAUCUGACACACGUCAAAUCAGUUUCCUUGAUCUUCUGAUUUUGUUUGAGGAUAAUGUUCUAUACACUGAUCUUUACAGGAAACCUACUGAUCGUAACAGUUUGUUGAAAAACAGUUUGCCCUAUAGCCAAUUCUGUCGAAUCAAAAGAAUUGUACAAAAAACAAUCAGAUUUCGACAGAAAUAUGGCUGAGACGCAAAGCAAAUUCAAGGAGGGGGGUACAAAAAUGGUCAGAUUAAUACUGCCAUUGAGAAAAUUCAAAACUAAUCGAGACAUGAUCUCUUUCAAGGACAAGUCUCGCAAAAAGAAGCAUUCUUGCAUUCUAGCUACCCGCUAUUCAAAGUGUUCUGAACAAAUUACGGGAAUCUUUCACAAACAUUGGCACAUUCUAAGAUCCGAUGACAGUAUCGGUAAUGUGUUUUCGGACUCUCACUUGGUCGUAUUCUCACGGGGCAGAAAUCUCUGAUAAAUUGGUAAACUCUGAUUUACCAGCCUAAAAUAUCCCUGCACGUCUAUUUGCGCCUCUACCGGAUGGAAACUACAAGUGUAAUGGCUGCUCCCAAUGCAAUGGCACUUAAAAAUGUAGAUCAUUCAAACAGAUCCCUAUCAAAGGUGUUAUCACGUGCUCCACUAAGGCAGUUAUUUAUCUUGUAACUUCUCCUUGUGGUAAAAAGUAUAUGGGUAAAUCAAAGCGCAAAUUAAAAGUACAAAUCACGGAGCAUCGUAGCACCAUUAGGUGCAAAAACUUGAUUUACCCAGUUGCGGCCCACUUUUUGGAAGUGAACCACUCAAUUUCGCCCAACGUUAUAUCGGCAUUGAACAUGUCACCCUCCGUAGGAGAUGGGGUGACCUCGACAAUUUAUUAUUAAAAUGAGAGGCUGCCUGGAUCUUUCAUUUAAAGACCCUUGCUCCCUUUGGUCUCAAUGUAGACUUUGAUCUGAAGCCAUUGUGAUUUUGCUACUCAUUGUAAAUGUGUGUAGCCAAAUUGUAUCUACGCUAUGCUAUCCAUUCAUGUUUUUUGUAUGUUAUUUUUAUAUCUGGGAAUUAACUAAUGAUAUGAGGUCACACCCGGCCAUGAUUAGACACCUGUGUGUGUCCUUAGACACUAAACUAGUGCCCCGUAGUGUUUGUCAUUAUACCCUGAUGACUGUCGAAACGUUGGAUAUUAGGUUAUUAUAAACUGGUUGGUUCAGCCCUGAAUGCUGACUGGCUGACAGCCAUGGUAUAUCAGACCAUAUACCAUAUACAUUUAUUUUUACUGCUCUAAUUAUGUUGGUAACCAGUUAAUAAUAGCAAUAAGGCACCUCGGGGGUUUGUGAUAAAUGGCCAAUGUACCACGGCUAAGGGCUGUGUCCAGGCACUCCGUGUUGCGUCGUACUAAGGAACAGCCCUUAGCCGUGGUAUAUUGGCUAUAUACCGCACCUCCUCGGGGGCAAAUCAUGAUGUCAGUGAUCUUCAGGUCGGAAAGUUGGAGCUCUAGAAAGAGGCCCGAGUUGGAUGACCGUUCAAAAAAAAUAAUCCCAGUCGGAGGUCAUUUUUUUUCAGAGUUCAAAGUUGUCUAUCUGAGUUCCCAGUUGUUUGAACGUGGCAUCAGAUUGUAACUAUGGUACCUCAGGGUUGCCAGCGCAUACCCCCCCCUCCAGGGGUUUUAUUUUUAUUUAACUUAUAAACUUUUCCUGUGCUUGUCCCCUAUUUAUUGAUAAAUCCCCCAUCAUAGUGGUUUCAUCCAAACUUGACAACCCUGAUAAACUUUAGCGUAUGGUUAGGCAGUAGGCUUCUAUUUGGAGUGAUGAUCUGUGAGGUGAUAACAUUUUAUUUGCUUUGUGAUUUGUCAAAAACUGUAAAUGACUUGUCAAGUCAUGUUCUCCAGUUCUUGUAUACACUAUAACUAGUACAGUGAAGAUUUGUAAUAUGCUGAAAAGUGGCCAAACUAAGUUCAUAUUUUUCAGGCAAUGGGCGCAGCCAUCUUUGACUUUGUUUAUUUGCGUUUUAUAGUGAAUGGCAUUCUGGGAUUAGGGAGUAUUUACUUGUCAGACAAACAUGGCUGCCAUCAUAAAGAAUUGAACUGCUGUUAGAUCACUAUGAUCGCCAGGAACUUUACUUUUGGUCUCUAAUUUUAAUUGUUGCGCUACUGGUGAUGCCUGUUGAUGUUAGGUAGGCAGCUACAGUAGCUGAAUGAUGUUAACAUCUUCGGGUUUUGUUUCAUUAAAUGUAUUUUAUUUAAUCUGGGUGCUUACGUCACCUACUAACACCCUGGAACUACCCGUAGCUCCAGUUCUCCUCAGUCCGAGAAAACACUGAGAAAGAAAGGUAUGUGUUGCAGAUUACUCCUUUUGUAGAAGUCCAUAAAGUGAAAUAAAUAAAACAGGUUAAUGCUGUAGAUAUUGUUAUAAGGGAGCGUGAGACUAUUGAAACACGUAACUUUCAGAGUUUUGUCGUUAUUAAUAUAGUUUACAGAGUGCUAAAAGUGUUGCUAGCUAGCAUGCCUUUCUGUGAUGCAGACGGUUAGCUGAGCUGCCGACUGGUGAUGGUGUUGCAUUAUGGGAGAUGUAGUUUUGGCCCUCUAAGGUCUAAGAAUUAAGAUUAUACAUUCUUCGUAUUAAGGACUGAUUAUUAUUUUAUACUAUACAUUAUGGCUUUAUGUAUGAGUGUGAUUGUGUGAGUCUGAGAAAACAGAGAGAAAGAACAACUUGUCAGCUGGUGCAUUGGAGACUGAUGUGUUCCUGUCCUGUCUUUUCACAAUACUAUUGCAGAUCAACAUAAAAGCCUAAAAGACA